AAUCCGCAACAUCGACAUGACGAGAAACACGAGAAGUUGUGCGAUGAGAAGCGCACCAGGAUCUGCGAAUCCAACCGCUUUGAGUCCUACUUUCCCGAGCGUGACGGGAACAUGGUGAAGUGGUAUGUCGAUGGGAGGGACUACUGCUGGGCCGUGUCAAAGGCUCUGGAGAGUGCCAAGGAAACCAUCUAUAUCGCUGACUGGUGGCUGUCUCCCGAAUUAUUCCUCCGGCGGCCCCCAUACUACAACCAGGAAUGGAGGCUGGAUCAGGUCUUGAAGCGGCGGGCCGAGGCCGGCGUCAAGAUCUUCGUCAUGGUCUAUCGCGAAGUCGAGGCUGCGUUGACCUGCAACUCGGAGCACACGAAGCAUGCGCUCCAAGCUCUUUGCCCGGAGGGAACGCCCGGGCAUGGUAACAUAAGGAUCAUGCGCCAUCCGGACCAUAACGUUUUUGAGAAUGCUGCCGACAUGACCUUCUACUGGGCGCAUCACGAGAAGUUCAUUGUCAUCGACUACGAGGUGGCCUUCAUUGGCGGCCUGGACCUCUGCUUUGGUCGCUGGGACAACCACCAGCACACGCUAGCCGACGUCCACCCCGAGGGAGUUUCCAACGAGAUCUGGCCCGGCCAGGACUUCAACAACAACCGGGUGAUGGACUUCAAGAACGUGCAGGAUUGGAAGCAGAACGAGCUGAGCAAGGCCGACUACGGUCGUAUGCCGUGGCACGACGUUGCUAUGGGCGUGAUCGGGCCUUGCGUCUACGACAUCGCCGAGCAUUUCGUCCUGCGCUGGAACUUUAUCAAGCGCGACAAGUACAAGCGCGACGACAAGUUUGACUGGCUGGAGCUCCGCGGCCGCCAGGGUGUGGAUGAGGAUCUGGUCGGCGUCCAGCGUCCAAGCCACCCCGUGGGGGAAUACAUCGUGCACCCCAUAUCGCCCCUAGAGACCAAGAACCUCGACAACCGCGGUACCGUCCACGCGCAGAUAGUCCGCUCCAGCGCCGACUGGUCGAGCGGCAUCCUGACCGAGCACUCCAUCCAGAACGCGUACAGCGAGAUCAUACGGGGCGCCGAGCAUUACGUGUACAUCGAGAACCAGUUCUUCAUCACGGCCACGGGCGACCAGCAGAGCCCGAUCCACAACACCAUCGGCCGCGCCAUCGUCGACGCGGUGGUGCGGGCUGGGAAGGAGGGCCGCAAGUUCCGCGUCAUCCUCGUCAUCCCCGCCGUCCCCGGGUUUGCCGGGGACCUGAGAGACGACGCCGCGAUCGGCACCCGGGCGAUCAUGGACUACCAGUACAAGUCUAUCUGCCGGGGCGAGCACAGCAUCUUUGAGCAGAUCCGCAAGGAGGGCGUCGACCCGACCGAGCACAUCUUCAUCUUCAACCUGAGGAGCUACGACCGCCUGAACAAGACCCCGCAGAUCAAGAAGCAGGAGGAAGAGUCGGGCGUCAAGUAUCAGGAAGUCCAGCGUGCGCAGGCGGAGGAGGUGAUGAAGGAGGGCAUCCACGGCGUUAAGGACACGGAGGACGGCCGAGAUCGCCACAUGGGCCCCCGGUCCGCGCAGCCGAGCGCAUCCAGGGGAGAUCUGUCCUCGAACGCGCAAGACGGCGGGGAAUCCGACGUCCCCGAGGAGGAUGCCGAGGCCAAGAGGCGAUUCGACGCCGCCGCGGGACCGGAAAAGGAACAGGAGGAACAAAACCCGUCGGCCUUCAGUGUGGCGCACCACACGAUGGCGGGACAAGGCCCCGUCUCGGAAGAACGGUGGAACGGAAAGCCGGAAGAAGAAGUAGACAAUUGGAUCCAGGAAGAGCUGUACAUCCAUGCCAAGCUGCUGAUCGUGGACGACCGCACUGUGGUCUGCGGAUCCAGCAACAUCAACGACCGAAGCCAGCUCGGCUACCACGACAGCGAGCUCAGCAUCGUCAUGGAGGACACGAACCGCGUGCAGUCGACCAUGGACGGGCGCCCGUUCGAGGCCGGGUGGCACGCCGCGAGCCUGAGGCGCUACCUGUGGCGGGAGCACCUCGGCCUCCUCCCGCCGCAGGAGAUGGACGCCGGCGACGACCCGAACGCGCAGCCGCCGGGGGAUGACUCGCCCAAUGACCCGUGGGACAGGGACGACUCGUGGGGGUUCGUCGAGGACCCGCUGAGCGACCAGCUCUGGGACAUGUGGACGCAGCGGGCCACGCAGAACACUCUAGUGUACAGGCAGCUAUUCCACGCCGACCCGGACGAUCACGUAAACAACUUUGAGGACUACAACACCUUCCUCCCCCCCAAGGGGGUCAAGGCCGGACACAUAUUCGAUCGCAUGAUGGACCCGAAGGAUAUCAGGGCGAAGCUAGACAAGGUCAAGGGCCACCUCGUGUGGAUGCCGUUGGACUUCUUGAAGGACGCCAACAUGGCCGAGGUAGGGAUGCAGGUCAACCAGUUUACUGAGAGUGUUUAUACCUGAGGGGGGAAGAGUGCCCCGUGUUUCUUAAAGUUGACUGGGUACAUAGCUUUCUGAUCAUGUUAUAUUUCUGACGACUGCAGAACUUGAAGCCGUCAAAUUGGUGACUUGACAUGUAAUUAGUCCACAACGAAUUUUAUGAUUGGCCAGACCAUAUACCUACCUUAUACAUUACCGCUACUCUCAUUUUGAGCCGCAAUGCUGCAUAAGGAAGGAGAGGGGACAAGACAAGAUGUAGGUUUAUACAUAGGUCGCGGAGCCAGGGAAGGCACCACCGAAGCUAAGACCUUGCACAAGGACAUAUCCCGCUCAAGAAC